AUGCACGUUGCACUGAACGCCUUCGAGGGGCUCACGUGGGAGUCGCGCGCUCGAGUGCUUCUCGCAGCCGCUCAGGUGUCGUUACCAGCGGACACCGGUGCCUUUCUGCAGCAGAUCCGUGCAGCUUUGGAGGCGCUGGAUCCUCGGCGACUAGAAUCUCCGGACGAGAUCGCGGGUCUUUUGAAGAGUCAGAAAUUGUUUUCUGGUGAUCUGGAGCCGGUUCACCUCGACCAAAUGCGUCUCCAUUCUGUCGCAUAUCUGGCACCGUCGCGGGUUGAGCUGGUCGGCAGCUACGCGCUGGGUACGGUGGUUGCGCUGCCUGAGCCGCCGCUGGUUGACGUUGCCUUCGAAGUUCCGCGGAAAUUCUUGCUCGAAAAGGAUUACCUCGAUGGACGGUACCACGUCAGGCGGCUUGUGUAUCUCGCAGAGGUUGUUCGACAACUUCGCGACCGUGUUCCCGAUCUUGAAGCGACUUGGGUACCAUCGAAUUCUUUCACGAGAUCCGAGAAUCCGCUCCUGCAUGCCGCGUUACAGAAACCAGUAGUCGUGCUCUCAUCUCCGAAGGUAUCUGGUAGGAUUCGCUUGUUGCCUGCCCUAACUCCUGAUAAGUUUCCGAAGCUGAUGCAGCGCCCUGAGCUAUACUGCUUUCGAGCAUUUCAAGAUUUGCCGCAGGAGAAUGAGCGCAUUGCUCUGAACACGCAUUAUGUCAACAGCAUCCGCAGCGACUGGAGCAUCUGGGCGGAUUUUGACUUGCUUGUGGCGACAACCAAGCGCUACGCAAUUGUGUCGGAUUGUGUGCGUCUCCUCAAACUCUGGUCAGCGAACCGACAACUGACGCUGAUAGAACCCGUGGAGGCGGCUCGCAGGCUCGUAUCGGGCCACGAACUCGCUCUGCAGACUGCUCAGCUGGUGGAACAGGGCGAAUUCCCUGCUCACGCCGCCUCCCUGAGUCGACUGGUGUUGGCAGUGUUCCGAGCGAUACGAGCUCGCCUGCCUGUCGAACCCAGUAUCGUGCGGGUUGAAGUGGAAGCAGCGCUGCGCUCGUUUGCGAGUCGAUUGCGUGAGCUGGACCAAGUUGGCGGCAUUUACUACACGCUUGCUGGCUGCUGCAUGGAGCCGCUCGCGUACUUCGAUAGCAUCUUGCAGGUAACGCAGCGACGAUCGGCGAAACGAAACCCACGCGAUGCUACUCUCGACACCCUUCGAGGAGAAUGGUUACAGCGAGUGUUUCGAACGCUGCGCCGAGCGCUCGGUGAUCGUGUGGCGUAUCUGGGGGUGCUCCCACGAAGACAGCACGCGAAUACCAACUUCGUACAGGUCGGCAUCAAAUGGCAGCCACAAAAUAUGUUGCGAACGAUUGAUCGUGACCCCGAUGAGCAGUUUUGGGGCAGCGGGCGUCUCGAAUGGCGUCGCUUCCGAUCCGGGGAGAUUUUGCAUUGCCUCGUGUGGGCCGAGUCCAGUAUUGAACGCUUCCAGAUACCCCAGCGAAUUGUGGAUGCAGCGCUGAAGAAGGAGCCAGAUGCACAGGCCAAAGGGAACACGCUCUGGUUGCUCGAGGAGCGACACACGCCCGGGCUUUGGACCCGCGAACACCUGGACCUCCGCCGUUGGCGCUACGUGAAGGAUCCCCGCUCGCUCGCAUUGUAUCAGGCCCGUUGUGUACUUUUGGGAAAGAUGUAUCAAGCGCUUUGCCAGCUUCUCAUGGACGCAGACGGUGCGAUUGGUAUCAGCAAGGUCUUGCCGCUGCGGGUACAGGCCGUGCACGUUGCGGUGAACGACGGUGAAUGGCUCCGCCAUACCGCAGUGGAAUGGCCGGAGCUCCAGGAGAACCUCCAGGGACGAUGGGCGAGUCGAUACCGUCUCACCGCACACGUCGAGCUGGAGAGCACCCAUUUAUGGCCCGAUGCAACCGAGUCAGCGGAUGCCGCUCAGGCAGUUCGAGUUGCUUUCACGAUUGCGCUGUAUCGCGCACUGAAACGAGGUCUGCGGAAGCACGCAGAACGCUUACCGGUGCCAGUGCGUUUCAUACAGGCCACCAGACAUGGCGACCUGCUGCUGCUGCUGGGCUGCUUCCCCAUCCGUCUUCGAGUCUGUUCGGCCGCUGAGGCUGUUUCGAUGUCCGCUGCGUUUCGCCUUCACGCUCAGCUAUCAUCGAUCUCGAGUCGAUUCCCGGCUUUUGGGCCAACAGCACGGCUCGCGAAGCGCUUUCUCGCUGCGCAUGGUCUUGUGGAUCUGGCGGGUAUCGACGGCUUGUCUCCUGCCGCAGUGGAAUUGCUCUUAUCGCGUCUUUUUACCGAUCCGCUCCCCUGGGGAGACUGUCCGGCGACUGCCUGGGGCGGCCUCGUUCGCUUCCUGCACCUGAUCGCCAAAACUGAGACGGCGUUAACAGAGCCGCUGGUGAUCCCCAUUUUGAACCUGUCCGAGGAUGAGCCACCCUGGUAUCCAGAAACCGGUGGACUCGAGUCGUCUGUCGCUUCCAAGCAUUGUUGGCUCCGUUUGUGUACUGCAAGCGAUCCUUGUGGCACGUUGCUCACGAAGCAAGUCGCUGCGGAAGUUGUUCGUCGUAUGAGAUUGGUGUGCAGGGCGGCCUUGCAACAUCUGGGUGACGCCCUGCACCAGGACGGCGGCCUAGAGCCAGACCAUCUCGGGGUCAUCUUCCGUCCGCCUCCGCUAGCUUCAUUCUGUGAUCUGGUGCUGGAGCUCGAACACGCUCUGGUGCCCGAACAAGUCAUCGUAGACUCCGGCCUGGGUGUAGCGGACCGUGAGGUGCACGCUCCUGACGAGUUGCGGCAGCGUUUCGGUAUCGCGGACGCAACCACAGAGCAAUGGCUUGUUGGUUUCGAUCCGAUCGGUAUGUAUCUCCGUUGGUUGCGAGAGAUGUUCGGAGACCUCUGGGUGUUUCUGUACGACGCCUAUGGAGGCCGCUGGAUUGGGGGUAUCUGGCGCAGCGCAGCGUCGCAACCAGCCCUGUCCCUAGAUGUUAGCCGCACAAGCUAUCGUCGCGUGGUCAAGUCUGGCGCGCGCAUACCAGCCGACUCGCGACUAGAAUGGAACUUGCCUGAAAUACUACAUGACAUGCAUGCUGUUGGCGCCGGACUUGUGCGGGAAAUUCGUCUUUGUGGACAACUCACUGGUGCGUGCAGCGGAUACUGA